UGUGUGGAUCUGUGCAUGAUCUGUGUGUGCUCUGCAGAUAUCGACGAGUGUAAGGUGAUGGGGAACCUGUGUAAGAACGGCCAGUGUCUGAACACGCUGGGCUCCUUCAGCUGCAUCUGUAAACCCGGAUACACCACUGACCUCAGCAGCACACAGUGUGUAGAUGUGGACGAGUGUGUUCAGGCUCCUAAACCCUGUAACUUCAUCUGUAAGAACACGGAGGGCGGGUAUCUGUGCUCCUGCCCGCGAGGAUACGUGCUGCAGGACGAUGCCAAGAGCUGCCGGGAUCUGGAUGAAUGCUCCACCAAACAACACAACUGUCAGUUCCUGUGUGUCAACACCAUCGGAGGAUUCACCUGCAAAUGCCCACCAGGAUUCACACAACACCACACGGCCUGCAUCGAUAAUAACGAGUGCAACACUGAGCCGGGUCUCUGCGGUCCGAACGGAGUGUGUCAGAACAGCCCCGGCAGCUUCAACUGUGAGUGUCAGAGAGGAUUCUCCCUCGACCCCAACGGACAGCACUGUGAAGACAUGGACGAGUGUGUGGGGAAUCAUCGCUGUCAGCACGGCUGUCAGAAUCUGGUGGGCGGCUACAGAUGCAGCUGUCCGCAGGGAUACCUCCAGCACUACCAGUGGAACCAGUGCGUCGAUGAGAACGAGUGCCAGAACAGUCAGAUAUGUGGCGGCGCCUCGUGUCACAACACGCUGGGCAGUUUCCGCUGCCAGUGUCCGACGGGCUUCUCCUUCGAGCAGCUGACCGGAGGCUGUCAGGACGUCAACGAGUGCAGCUCGUCACAGAACCCCUGCAGCUUCGGCUGCUCCAACACCGACGGAGGAUACCUGUGCGGCUGCCCACCUGGAUACCUGCGCGCGGGACAGGGGCACUGUCUGUCCGGUGCGGGGCUGUCUGCCGGUGGAUCUCCUCUGUCUCCCGCCGCUGAUGGAGAUGAGAACGCUCUCUCUCCCGAAGCCUGCUACGAGUGUAAGAUCAACGGCUAUCCGAAGAAGGGCCGCAAACGCAGGAACGCCAACGGAACCGAGGAUCUGCAGAACGAUCUGGACUGGGUCAGUCUGGCCAGUGUAGACGUGGACCACACGCUGCAGCUGCGUCUGAACAUCAGCACACUGAAGAGCAAAGACCACAUCAUCGACUUCCUGCCGGCGCUGUCCACGCUCGCUAACCACGUGCGCUACACCAUCGACUACGGCAACGACGACGGUCUGUUCCGCAUGAACCAGAAGGACGGCGUCAGCUACCUGCACAUAUCCAAGAAGAAAGCUCUGCAGCCGGGAACGUAUUAUUUACAAAUCCACAGCGUGCCGCUGACCGGCAGCCGAGAGCCCACGGGCGAGCCGGACUCAGACUACCUCAGCGGACAGCUGGGAGACGCUCUCCACAUGAGCGUCCAGAUCGUCCUGCACUGAUGGACACACGGCCAAAGAGCAGCACGCACCGACCGCAUCAUACGCUCGCAAAUCAUAUAACACUCCCCCCGCCGCGGAGGAACGGACGGAAGGGUCGCGCCGCGCUCAGUCUGGCGUCUCGUGAGCGCCUAGAUUCAUGCACUGUAGUAACCGACCCACGCCGUCUACGGCUGCCGACGCUAGCCUUUCUGUUCUCUGCAACUAUGCUAUCAGGGUUUCUGCGGCUCUUAUCAAGGUCAGCUAAGACAAGCACAGAAAUAGAUCCAGUGGAACACAGUAUGUGACCCUGCAGGGUGAUUAAACUCACUUUGGGUGUGAAAGUGCCUUUAAAGUUGCCAAAAAUAUAACUUUUUGAGUUUUCUGUUAUUAGAAAUUAAAAGUAAACCAGCUUAUGUGACAACAUGUGACACAAAAGUAACACAGUGCAUUACAUCCACUAAAAAUAAUGCAAUUAGUCACUUUUUAAUGGAGCUAUGAUGCAUUACUUUUCUGAAAGACUGAAAGAAGUCUUGUUUUCUGAGAAAUUAUUCAAAAUAAAAAAAACAUUUAUAAUUAAGGGGCGCUUAAACUGCACUAAUGAUGUAAAACUUAUGCAUGUUGGUCAUUUAUGCACAAGUCACCAACAUUUUUGAGACCUGAAAACAAACUUAAAAUGGGUUUCAAAGUGGAUGUUUUUGAAAACUUCUGUGUUAACUAAAAACAAGAUGAAUUUGUGAAAACUGUGUUUCUUGCCAUCUACUAGUGUGACAUGAAUAUUACAGCGCUGCUUUCAUGGAUAAAUUAUAAAAUUGCAUAAAACAUUUGCAAGUAAAGCACACUUCCCAUCCUAAGUGUGAAAGAGAACUCUGUUAAACUGUCACAAAGUAUCAAUUAUAUAAAUGUAAAAUUAAAAACAUUUGAGAUCAAUGCCCAUCUUAUCUAAUCACAUGAUUCGUUGAGGAAAAGUCACAUGACUUUGUCAUUCAGUGAACAUGUUCCAUCGUAGUUUAUGUGCAUGUCUUCUUAUCGAAUAAAAAAUGAUGCUCCUCAAUGGAUUUUAAUGCACAUUUUAAGAUUUGAUGUGCAUCUCUGUGUUUCCAUCCAUGCUUUUAUUAUGCAAUAUCCCCAAAUUAGCAUAGAAAUGCAUGGAUGGAAACAGUUACUGACAGAUAUUUUAUUCUUGGUUUAAGCAUUAACGCACUUAAUUUUGUUCAGUUUCUCAGAAGACGAGACUUCAUGUGUUCAGGUCACGUUUCCAGUAAAUGUGACUUUCUGCUCCAACUUUAGAUCUUGUUCGGCCUCAAACUGUGUGUUAAGAGCAAAUGAAGACCUUUUUAAGAGCUGCAGAAACCUGUCCAUGUAAUUUAAGUGUGUCUAUACUGUAACCGUGCCACUUUUUUUACUCGCGAAUGCAUUUGUAAACUAGAAGACCCCUGGAACGGAGGGGUUUGUAAUGGUGCUUCUUAUAAUGACCAACUACUUGUAAACUGUGUUUCUGUGACUCGAUCAUAUGCACUGAGGUCUGACGGCCACACACACACACACACACACACACCUGUGGCCUCUGUCGUCUGUACGACCACGUUCUGUUCGUCAGGGGUUAGAUGAUGUACAUUCACAAUAAAAACAUAUUUUUGGUUGUACGGGCGACUCGAGCGCUGGUGAACUCCAUCCGGUCUCAGAAUCACUCAGAAAAACAUGAUUGGAAAUGGACAAGUAAAGCCUGUAAAGCCUGACAUAUGAAAUAGUAGUUAAACAAUCCAAUCCUUUUUAAAAAUGGAACCUUUAGACGAAAUAUAUUACAAGAAAGUUUGCAUAUGUUGAGUAUCAUGUUCGAUCGCUCAGGCUUCUGUGGCUCAUGCAGUCUGAUAUAGUGAGAAUAUAGAGGAAAAAACUAAAAGCUGAGCAAAAAUAUGCUGAUAUUUAUAUGAUGAAGUUCUGACGCUUGUGAUAUGAAUAUGAGAUGUUUAUAACAGUACAGCAGAUGCUUAUAUAAAAUGAUCCAAAUAUGA